CGUUUAGUCCGAAAUAAUUCAUUAAAGCCAACGCACCUCGAAGAUCGCGCGUUCUGUUCCGAUCCGGCCAAUCGUGUAUUUAAAGCGACCCACAGAAAUAACUAACAGAAUCGAAUCUGCCUGCCGGUGAACAUCAACGUUUUAAAACCUUUGAACCCUAAAUAAACAACGACAAAGUCCUAAAAUAAAAACUUAAUAAGUGUUUUAAACAAGGGAACUAAAAUGAAGCUGUUGUUCGGUGUUUUGGUGACCGUUUUGGCCCUUAGUGGAGUUUUCUCAUUACCAGCUAGAAGCGACCCGCAGGACGAUGCGGAGGUGAUUAAAGUGCCCACUCGGCCCGAUUCUGAACCGGAUUUCCAUAACUUCCGCGGUGUCGUCGAUACGGGCGCCGGUAAUCCCUUCUUCCAGCCGAGUCCUUCCAGCUUCAACGUGGGCUUCUUCGACUCCUUCGAUGAUCUUUUCCGUCGUCUGCGCACUCGCAUUUGGCCUGUGAUUGGCAGCGAUUCUAGUGAGGAUAGAGCUCCUGCAGCUGACGAUUCCAGCGAUGAACCUGGCAGUGGCUUUGCCUUUGGCCUGCGACCCUUGAUUCCACUGAACCCCAACAAGGCCAACACUACUUCCACUGUUAAGGUCGUCGAUGGCCACAAGGUGGAGAUCAACGAGACGGUUUACGGGGACAGCAACAGUGUGUUCAAGGUUCGCUUGGUGAACGUGCGUCCCUUGGAAAGUGGCGAGGAGGUGGCCCAGGGAGUGCACACCAACGGGGGCGACUUCCAGCCUGUUUUGGCCCCCAGCACCUCCGCCCCUUCCACCAAGGGGGGUGAGUUCGACGAGGAGGACGACGACGAUCGCCGCGAGCCGCUGGAGAAGCAGCCGGAGGACAACGAAGUUCGCGACAUCGAUGAGCCCAAGUCCACAACACCAACAACAACAACAACAAGUUCUACAACACAACAAACCAUCAGCUCGCCCGCAGACUCAGAAUCUGAAGCUUCAGAUAUCAGUGAGGAAAUAAUGGAGACUCUCUCGGAAGAACAGAAGAAAACCAUGGAUCAACUGCAGGCAAUGAUGGCAUCCGUGCAGAAGGAUUUGGAUCAGGAUCACGAGGACAAGGAAGCCUUGGAGAAGAAAGAGAAGAAGGAGCGGGAAGAAUUCGACUCCUCCGAUGACGAAGAUGGCGAAGCUACAACUCCUGUCAUGAUGAGCGAAACAUUCAACGAUGAGUGGGCCGAAUUUGAGCAGGAUCCAGAUCAGGAUCAGAGUCAGGAGGCAGAUCAUGAUCCCGAAUUUGACCUUGAAAACGAUCUGAACAAUGAGAUCGAUAUCGAGGAGAACUUUGUGCCCAUCGACCUGUCCAAUGAUAUCGCAGUCAAUGAUCAGGCUGCCGCAGAUCCCAAUUUCCCGCAUAAUCCCGAUGCUGAAAUUAUAGUGGGUCCAUCAGUCAUUGGAACCAUGCCCAUGUUCGAAAAGCUUUCUUUGGAAGACUCUUCAAAGUAAGGGGUGAAUGUCUCCAUUUAGAAUAGGCAUUGUCUUUAAUUUUAACUCACUAGUCUUAAAUACUUCAUCGAGGAUAUCUCUGAGAGAUCCAAAGAAAUCGGCAUUCUCUACAACCGUAAUUUAUCGUAUUUAUUUCGACGGAAAAACAGUAUAAGGUGUGAAUUUAUUUAUAGAAAUGAAAUACAAAAAUUUAAUAAUAAAUGAUAAAUUUUAAAAAUGA